AUGGAACUCAACCGAGAACAUUUUCGCAUCAUAAUUUAUUACAACUUUCAGAGACAAUUAUCGCAACAAGAAUGCCUUGCUGAGUUACUGUCUGUUUUCGGCAACGAAGCGCCACAUCACUCGACAAUUUCCCUCACCCAGGAAAACUUCGAUGCUGUGCGCAAACUCAUCAUUGAAGAUAGACAUGUGACAUAUCGCGAGACCUCGAUUCAAAAAAUUUUACAUGAAGAAUUAGGAAAAAGCAGGGUUAAUUGGUGUGAAAAAAGGCUUGACCGUUUCAAUUCCGGAAACUCAAAAAAAGUGUACAGCAUUGUUAGUGGUGAUGAAUCGUGGAUUUACACUUCGGCUGUUUGGGUGCUCCAAGGUGAAGAAAAGCCAACAAAAGUCAUCCGUUCUCGAAGUGUUUCGAAAAAGAUGGUCGCGACAUUUGUGUCAAAAGCGGGUCAUGCUGCAACAAUUUCUCUUAAUGAGCAAAGAACUGUUACUGCGGAUUGGUAUACCACCAUUUGUUUGCCAAAAGUCAUCACCGAGCUUCGAAAAAUCAACCCCGAAAGAAGAAUCAUCCUCCACCAAGACAAUGCAAGCUCCCACACAGCCCAAAAAACAAGGCAGUAUUUAACGGAAGAAAACGUGGAAUUAUUGGACCAUCCUCCAUAUAGUCCCAAUCUAAGUCCUAACGAUUUCUUGACUUUCCCGAAAAUUAAAAACAGACUGCGUGGUGAAAGGUUCCAGUCACCAGAAGAAGCAGUUGACGCAUUCAAAAAUGCCGUUUUGGAUCUGCCAGCAAACGAGUGGAAUAAGUGCUUCGAAAAUUGGUUCGAGCGCAUGCUGAUGUACAUCCCUCGUACAAACAACGCGGGUGCGUUAGCGGAUAUUCAUUCUGUGUAUGGCUUUGUAAAUGGAAACGCAGCAGAAGCAGUCAGAGAAUACGCACGAAGAUUUCCAAACAGGCGACAUCCAACUCGCUCAGUAUUUGUAAGAGUGCAUCGCCAAAUAAUUGAAAAUGGUUUUGAAAAUCUCCAAAGGGAUCAAAACAUAAAUGUUCGUCAGCGCAGAUUUACCCGUAUGAUUCUGCGUGAGUUUGAUAGAGAUCCGACCACAAGUGUUAGGAGAGUUUCUGGUGCCUUGGGAAUUUCAGCAAGCCAUGUUCACCGUGUUCUUAGAAACGACCAUAGACGUCCUUACCAUUUGCAACCUGUGCAAGGACUACAGCCAGGGGACGGAGAACGAAGAAUCACAUUUUGUCAGUGGAUUCUUGAUAGAACUGGUAAUAAUAGGGAGUUUUUAAGUAACGUUUUAUGGAGCGAUGAGUCAUGCUUCACUAGACGUGGAGUGGUAAAUUUUCAUAAUCAACAUAUGUGGUCGCAUGAAAAUCCGCAUGCAGUUCGGGAAAGAAAUUUUCAGCAUGAAUUUAGUGUGAACGUGUGGAUUGGUAUCUACCGUAAUCGACUAUUCCGACCCUACCUUUUGCCUGCAAGGUUAAAUGCUGCGACCUUCUUAGAAUUUUUAAAGGCUGAACAUGCAAAUAUGUGGGAUGCUGUUAUGUUAGAUUUAAGAAGAUUGGCCUGGUCCCAGCUUGAUGGUUGUCCAGCUCAUUAUUCGAGAAUAGUUAGAAACUGGCUGGACGAAAAUUAUCCAGAAAGAUGGAUCGGCCGACCUGACCUAAAUCCAUUAGACUUCUUUGUAGAUAUGCUAAUAGACAGAAUCAGGAAUGCAUGUGAUGAAAUAAGGCCUUAUUUGAAUAAUGCUAUACCACGUUCGAUCAUUCGUACAUGUGAAUUGUGUAUUGAAUAA